ACGCUAUUCCGUAUCCAAGACAUCUCUGCAGAGCCGGACUAAUCUUCUCAGAUAUCAAUAUACAUAAAACAAAAAUACACAUUUACUGUAUAUUUAGUUUUGUUCGUUGUGACUUUGCCAGAUAACAUACCAUUAAGAAAAAAAGUUUGCUGUCAACAAUGGCUGAGUUUGGUUUCAACGAACACCAUCAGAAUGAGGCCAUCAACUACAUGCGCUUUGCACGGUCCAAGAGGGUCAUCAGACUCAAGACCAUUGACUCCUGUUUCGAAGACCUCAAAGAAAGCAGGUUAGUGGAGGAGACCUUUACAGUGGACGAGGUGCGGGAUAUGCUGGACGGCCUGCAGCUGGUAGUGCGAGGGGAGGUAGAGACGGAGCUCAUCAACACGGCACACACCAAUGUGCUGCUGCUCCGGCAGCUCUUCUCCCAGGCCGAGAAGUUCUACCUCCGCCUGCAGACGGACAUCUCGGAGCUGGAGAACAGAGAGUUGCUGGAGCAAGUGGCUGAGUUUGAGAAGACUGAAUUAAAAAAUCAGAAUAAGACCAACCAGGAAAUUAGCAAGCCCAAGUUAGCACCACUCAAUGAAGGGGGGGUAUCUGAACUUCUCAACAAGGAGAUAUCCAGGCUACAAGAGGAAAAUGAUAAGCUCAAAGGCAGGCUCCGGACUUUGGAAACCCAGGCCAUGGGUGCGUUGGAUGAGAAGACGAGGGCAGAGCGGGCUCUUAAAGACCUGCAGAAAAUCCGGGGUGAAGAGCAGAUGGCCGCACGCUCGCAGGAAAUCACUAGUCUGGAAGACACAGUGGCAGCGCUACAUGAAGACUACCAGAAGUCCCUGAGUGUGAACGCUGCUUCCCAGAAAGAACUGCAGGACAGCCUGGUCUCUGCCAAACACGACCUGCUCAGGGUACAGGAACAACUGGCCCUGGCAGAGAAGGAGCUGGAGAAGAAAUUCCAACAGACAGCUGCCUACCGCAACAUGAAGGAGAUCCUCACCAAGAAGAACGAGCAGAUUAAGGAUAUCAGGAAACGGCUUUCAAAGUACGAGUCAGACGAAUGAGCACUCACACAACAGGACAAAAAAGUGAGGUUGAAACACAACAAGAGGUUAGAAAAGGCCCAAAACCUGGUAAUGUCAGUGGAGGAAGGCUGUGGCUCCUUUACCAUUUAUUUUAACCUCACUACUGGAGGCACUAUAAAAUGAAAUGAGGACCUGAGCAUAUCACAGGAGAAACAUCCAGAAUUGUAUCAUCUUGCUGAUCCAGCAGCUUUAAUAGUCAUUGGCUUUAGGUGAGGAUUGUGGGGGAUUAAGGGUUGGGGGCUAUCAACAGAUUGUCAGGUCAGUCUCCCCGGAUAAGAGCCCUGAAUGUCUUCUCUAUUCUGUCCAAUACAUAUCUAGGAGUUGAAUCCCUAGACAUGUAGAGCUUUUCGUGUAGUAGUUGGGUUUUCUUACUGCACUGUGCAAGUACUUUCACGUCCUUGACUAAAGAGGCCUUUCCGAAUAGGGGAGAUAUGCCUGAAGCAUUGCAGCCAUUUACUGUUAAUCUUUUUGAUGGUGAUGGGUAACAUUUUUUCAUGACACUGAUACAUACAGCUCUGGAACAAAUUAAGAGACUACUGCACCUUUUUCUUUCCUUUACUAAA